AUGGCCACGGUGUUGGUUCAGCAGCAGGCGCUGCACCACCCGACUCCUCCUUCCUCUCCGAUCCCCUCGGGCUUGGCCGUAAAUCGACGGCCAAGCCCCAUCCCGAAUAAGCACAUUUCCUUAUGCCCACCAGGCCCUGCUCCCCAUUCUCAAUCAACUCCUGUAUCCUCACCCAAUGAUCAACCCUCUUCGCUAUUGUCCCCUCCAGAUGAACAUAUGCGCAUUGGACGACCAUCAUCCCCUGCUGUGUACGCCAUUGAUGGGGCCAAAUUGUCAGCCGCUAUCGACCACCAAGCAUCCCAACCUUUGCCUGACCCGUCCCUCAUGUUCCCUUGGCUCCAUGGAUUGCACCAAGACAAUCAUCUGCAGUUGGGAUUCUUCUCAAGUCGCAAGCGCCAUGCACGUCGUACUCCAAGAUGUUGGAGAGGUAUUACCGUGGUAAAGCUUGGAGGUGACCUCACCAGAUCACGCAUCAAGGGUGCAGUCAGCCCGCAUGAGGUGCUGGCUCCUUCAUCUCGGUUCUUGAUGGCCGAUCCUCCCGAGGGAUUCUCCGUUCGGAAUUUUCAAAUACAAACCGCCAAGUUGGCGGCGAUGUCUGAUAUCGUUAUUUAUGCCGAGGAUGACGAUAGCCAGGGAGCACUUGUCGACCUGGCUAAUCAGUUUGCCUUGGCGCAACAGUCAUGGCGUUUGAAGAUGGAUCCGCUGCAGGAGCGGCCAGCUUACAACACAUUCAUCCUGGCCGACAACUUUUCCGAUGUUGCGGAAAGACAACCCGAGCUCAUUGCUAUUGAUGCAAAGGGUCAACUGACAGGCCAAACUAUGGAUUUUGUCCAAUGGGAGCGAUUGGAAAUGGCUACGAUGUCCCGGCCAUCCGAGAUCUCGUCUAAUGUUUGGCUCGGGUCUACCCCAGACUACUUCCACAAAACUGGAGCUUUUGAGUCAUCAAAGGAAGACACAUAUGACCUUUUGAUCGAAACAUGCGAUAUGGCCGAUAUUCCGGGUCCUCGGUACCUAGCCCUGCUUGAUAAGCAGCUAGAGAGUGGUCCUCAGCGUUUGGAGUUUCCCUCAUCGGGAUCUCUUUUGCUACCGUCGGAAAAUACCCGAGAGGUUGAGGAUAUUAUCAAUACUGUCAGAUGGAUUUAUUACCUCGCACACCCAGAAACCCCUUCGGAAGAACUAGAGUCCGACGAUGUAGAACCCGAGAAUCAUGAAGCGUUAGAAUCGGACGAUGAAGCGAUAGACAUCGACGCAGUGGAACACGAUGCAGAUGGAGAUAUCACAAUCACCGAUUCAGGCGCGAAAUGCAGGAAAAUUCUUAUCCAUUGUCCGGAUGGUUAUACCGAAAGCUCGCUAUUGGCAUUGGCGUACUUCAUGUUCGCAGAAGGUGUGCCUGCCCACGAAGCUUGGCUCCGGCUUCACCGCGAGAAAGGACGCAAUUUCUUCGCAUAUUCUACAGACGUCUCUUUCCUGGUUCACAUUCAAACACGACUCCUGCAAGAAAGCCCCGCAGCACAGUCCUUGGAUCAUUCGGGUCUAUGGGAUCCAUCCUGGUUUCACAGCAUGGAUGGCUCCUUCCCCAGUCGCAUCCUGCCAUAUCUUUAUCUGGGCAAUUUGAAUCACGCGAACAACCCAGACCUUCUGUGGCAGCUUGGAAUCAGGCGUGUGCUCAGUAUUGGCGAGACUGUCAAUUGGAAGGACACGAACAGCACCAGAUUCAGACCUGAACAUGUGAUGUACAUUGACAACGUUCAAGACAACGGCAUUGAUCCUUUGUGUCAGGAAUUUGAGCGUUGUCUUGAUUUUAUUGAACAAGGUUGGCGUCAGGGUACGGCCACGUUCGUUCAUUGUCGGGUCGGUGUUUCUAGAUCUGCCAGCAUUUGCAUUGCCGCAGUCAUGGUUGCCAAAAAGCUCUCUUUUCCCCGUGCAUACUGCUUUGUCCGCGCAAGGCGACUCAACGUGAUAAUCCAGCCUCAUCUGCGGUUUGUCUACGAACUUCUUCAGUGGGAGGAAUACCAGAAGAAAAGACGAGGCGAGCCCAUGAAGCGAGAGCUCGAAUGGACCACUGUUGCGCGUGAGAUAGCUCUGCUCAACAAGCCUUAUUCAAGGCACUAA